UCAAGAACUUGUAAACUUUCACCUCUCAGUCGAUCAUGAAUUCUGGCCAGAAAGUGUUUCAAGGUGUUAAAAGAUCUAAAUUGAAUCCAACUCAUGGGGAAAAAAUGAAAUAAUAGAGAACCUGCUGCAUUCUUGCAAUGUGAGACUUAUUCAUCUUCCUUCUCAGGUAAUCCUACACCAGUUGAGCGCAACAAGGUUCUGCAGACCCACCAAGAUCACAUCAAGGAAAUAACAACAUGACUAAUACAGAAACAUGGUUUGAGAAAUUAUUUCAUUUCGGAAUGUGUGAUUCGAUUUGCGGAGUCAAUUCGAUCCAAUUCCGACCAGUUUUGUAUCCAUUUUCCUGCAGACUAGCUGCCUGUGUUUUGGUGUCAUUUUGACAGUUUGUUGGGUGCCGCCGUUCGUUGUCUGUGUGGCCGUUCGUUGUCUGUGUCGAUUUUAGUGUAUGGUUCCAGACGUUGUCCCCCUCCCAUGAGUGCACCCCCUCUCACGUGUACCCUGUGUUUCCCAAAUAUCAGGAUAUGUAUGACUCAUGCUCCUUUAUCAAUAUCAUCAACUGAUAGACCCGCCAAACAAAUGUUUUUCAUCAAAAGAAAAUAAUGAAAUUGAUUGAUUUGCUCGCAAUCUGUCUCAUUUGGAUUGAGGCUCCAGGGUGUCUUUGCCCCGUUCUUUUCACAUUUUUGGGCAGUUACGUUAUUGAGAAGAAGUAUUUCUCACCUAGAGCUGCAUUUUUUCCAACUGUCAUCUUUUUGUUUAUGAAUAGAAUAUUAAAGCGAGGAGGGAUGACAUAGAAAAAAAAAUGUGAGAUUUCACUCAAAUUGAUACACAUGGAGGCAUACAUUGUUGGACUUGGAUGACUUGUGAAGUUCUAAAGUAUACAGGUCUAUGUAAUAGUGGUAACUCCUUGGUUAUACUUAAUACAGAAAGGUGUAAUUUUCAUAAUGAUUACUGAUGAUUAAGUGAAUGACAAGGAAUUUUCAUAUUUAUUUUGAAUAAGACUUCCAUCCAUCCAUGAUGUCUUUGAAUUGCAAAUGAUUGAUUUCCUAGUCCAUUUGUUAUUAAUUAGAAAUUUGUUCCGCUGCUCCUGUGAUGUUUUCACAACCGGUGGAACAGUUUUGUUUUAUUGGAAAUCACUCAAUUGUGGUAUUUAAUGGACUAUAUUGGUGUCCCUAUAUAAACAGUGCUAACCACAUCAUGAAAUUCAUCAGUGGAGUCCUUGCAUUCAAUUCAUAUUUAGUUACAGCAGAUUAUUGAGUCAAUAACCUUCCACAAAGGGGACAGGAAUGAGUAGACUAAACAAGUAAACACCUCAAAAAAUGUAAUAAUCGCAAGAAUUUUAAAGGUACUUUGAAAUCUGGACAUAUUUUUGGAGUGAGUGUGUCAGAUCCUUUUGUGUGUACACACUUGGGGUAUAUACUGAUAAUACUGUAUGCAUGGACACACAGCGAUACACACAAGCGCUCAACUGUCCAUUCAUAAGUUCUUUAUCCUUGGGUGCAAGCCCUACCCCAUCCAUUCACUGCAAGGGAGAUUAUCUCGCUAACGGUUGGCCAAUUUGACAACCUUGGCUUGGUCAGACAAAGGGGGAAGACGCGUGCGGGAGAAUUUCUCUCCCCCUCUCUCUCACUCUGUCACAAGAACCGAAAGCCACUGCUGCGAGUAGAGUGACGAAUUCUGACGGACGCACCGUAAGGGAAUUUUUCUCCUCUUUUGAUACUACUACCGAAUAGAGCAGCGUUGGGAUGUUAUUGUUACAUUCGGUGCUGGGAAGAUCACGAGCGGCAUUAGGAGCGCUAUCUACGGGGUGUUGCCUUCAAGGUUUAUUUCGCUCUAUAGGAUCUAGUUCUCAACAACGUGAAAUUGAGAAAGUACUGAUGAAAACCGAAUCUUCUUCGCAUGACAAACUACAGUACAGUAUAGAACAAGACGUUGAACAGUCCAUAUACAUGUACAGUCGCAUACACAUGACUUAUAUUGUUCUCUCCUCCAACUUUGCCCAUGACCGUCUAUUUCAUUCAAUUCAAGAUAGGAGGAGAACAGCCCAUCGCAGUCAAAUGACAUAAUCAAAUCGAUAUCUGCAACAAUAGUCGGGUCUUUUGAAGCUUGUGUCAGAUAUGGUAUCAAUUGAAAUGCGUGGAACUUAUGACGCUCGCUAAAAGGAGGUGUUGGUGGAGAAUAAUUUGCCACGGCCGGAGAUUGUUGGAUGGUGAAAUUGGAUGCUGGACGGCGUCAAAGAUAAGUUUCCGCUGCAAGAUAGAAGAGUGUUGAGUGGCAGUGGAAGUGGUUUUUGUGAUUUUUUAAGUCAAAGUGGAUAUACCAGCUUUCCUGGAUGAUGGCAUGAUAACUGGUGGCGGCGGUGGGAUGAGUGCUGGCAGUACCCUAUCGAAUUAUCCCCAAUGUCCAUGCACGUCACUAAGCAAAAUGGAAUAGUCAUGUCUUGGGUAGCUGAGUUCAGUUAACGGGAAUGAACCCUCAACUUCGAGAAAUUUCCAAUUAUUAGUAUUUUCAUGUGUUUAUGCCCCUCUUCAAGAAAGACAGAAAUGUGACAGCACUGUGAGAUUGGGCAUUGUUACAGAACUGUGGCAGUUCUGGAAGAAUUUAACAUAAUAACUUGGAGAAUACAAGUAAGCCAUUAAGCUAUUAAACUAUGGGGCAGUCAUCUUCAGCAAGUUCAACAGGGCCAGAAUCUCCUACGACUCCCUUGGACACUUGGAUCACUCAUAAGCCAAGUCCUUGUGCCUUGUUGGAUCAAAAUGGUGGACUAAGCAAUGGCCACGCACAGUGUGCUGCAAGUAUUAGUGGAAGCAGCACGAGAAGCAGUAAUGGAAGUAGCAGCGGUAGCACAGGGACUCAGCCCCGUAUGGCUCACCGAUCUUCAGUGCAAUACAGGUCCUCCAAGGGCCGCAAGAACUCUGCCCUCGAGAAGAGGGUGCACAGUGUGCAUAUCAUUGAGAGUAUUCCUAGUGAAAUCUUUUUGAAUCGCAGAAAGCAGAUGGAUACAUGGCAGCAGUACCAGGCUCAAAUGGAUUUACCCCCAGAAAAAGCCAAGCUUCUACGGCAGUAUAACGAUGAGAAGAAAUGGGACCUGAUUUGUGAUCAGGAAAAGGUCAGUGCCAAAGCGCCACCCGAACAAUACAUCGCAAGGAUUCGGAAAGUAAUGGAGCCGGGGAACACGUCCAAGGUCGGUAGUUUUAAGAGAACGAGAAGAAAGAUGUUUGACACGUCAACGCAGAAUCUUCGAGACCUGGAAAUCUCACUCAGAACAAACAACAUCCAAUGGGUAAGGGAGUUUUUGAAUGAGGAAAACCUUGGUUUAGAUGUCCUAGUUGAGUAUCUUCAAUGGCUGAAUAAAACUAUGACGCACGAGGAACAUCUAGAGACGCUACCGCCGAAGCAGAGGAGCUCGUUGAGCGUGCGAGGGUCGCGGCACGGGAAGAAGUUCUCCAUGCAGUCCCAUCUAGCCAUUACCAGAGACGACGUCCAUGUUUGUAUUAUGUGCUGCAGAGCAAUUAUGAAUUUCCAGUAUGGUUUCAACCUGGUUAUCAAUCACAAAGAAUGUAUUAAUGCAAUAGCCCUUAGUCUAAAUCAUAAAUCACCCAGAACCAAAGCCUUAGUGUUAGAGUUGUUAGCAGCUGUAUGCCUCGUCAAGGGAGGUCAUGAAAUCAUUCUCAGUGCUUUUGAUAACUUCAAAUUGGAAUGUUGUGAGGCAUAUAGGUUCCAGAAGAUGUUUGAGUAUUUCACGAGAUAUGAAGAAGCAAGUAUAGACUUCAUGGUUGCGUGUAUGCAGUUCAUCAACAUUGUUGUUCAUUCUGUAGAGAAUAUGAACUUCAGAUCGCACCUCCAGUAUGAGUUCUCAUGCCUUGGAUUAGAUGACUAUUUAGAGCAGAAGCUCAAGACGACGGAGAGUGACCGGCUCCAGGUCCAGAUCCAGGCUUACCUUGACAAUGUGUUUGAUGUUGGUCAACUCAUGGAGGACUCCGACACCAAGACCGCUGCAUUGGAGAGAGUGGCCAACCUCGAAGAAGCUUUGUAUCAGACGACAGACAGUUUACGGGUCAUGGAGGAUGCAUCGUUAGCUAAGAUUGCGGAGCUCCAGAUGGGUAUUGCUAAAAUCAGUAGAGAGUUGGAUGUUGUAAAGAAUGAAAAGCUUGAAGCGGACAAGACGAUAAAGGUCUUACAGAGCAUCCCGAGAGGUACUGGCAAUGGUACAGGUGGUGGUGGUGAUGGCAGCGGUACUGGUACCGGCGGUGGCAGUGGUGGUACCGGUGGCGGCGGUGGCAGUGGUGGUACCGGUGGCGGCGGUGGUACCGGCAGCGGUGGUCCUGGUCUUGGUAAUGGUACCGGCGGACCCGGCCUUGGUAACGGUAGCAUGACGUUAGGACCGGAUGAUGACUUUCCACCACCUCCUCCUCCUCCACCUCCUCCAGCAGAAACCAAUGGAUCUGGUGAGUUUACAUGGUCUAAACAUAGUGCCCUUAUACAUGUAGGAGUGAUAUUGAUCUGGGGGCCCGAUUGCAUAAAGAUUACAAGCAUGGUAGCUUUGACAUUACGGUCACAACCACCUCCCCCUCCUCCUCCCCCGCCCCCUCCACCAGGUCAAGCUGGUCCUCCUGCUCCCCCUCCACCACCCAUGGGUGUACCUCCACCCCCUCCCCCACCUUCAGGGGCACCAAUUCCACCCCCUCCCCCUGGUAUGAUCGGCGGAGCACCAUAUGGAUCUGUAACAAUAAAGAAGAAGAUCCGAACCAAAUAUCGUCUUCCAGCACUCAAUUGGGUUGCAUUUAAACCAAAUCAGAUUGGAGGAACCGUGUUCAGUGAGCUGGAUGAUGACAGGGUUAUGGGGGAUAUUGACUUUGAUAACUUUGAGGAAACGUUCAAGACGCAGACGCAAGGUGGUGGUCUGACGGUGACGGACGGUAAGACAAAGGCAACAUUGAAGAAAGAAACCACAUCUCUCCUCGACUCGAAUAGGUUGCAAAACAUUUCCAUCAUCAGGAGAAAGAUCGAGCUCACGACGGAUCAAAUCAUCGAUGCAAUCAAGAAGACGAAUCUCGCUGCUCUUCCGAUCGAUGCAGUAGAACAGCUUCAUAGAUGUUGUCCCAAGGAUGACGAGAAGAAAGCAUUCCAGCAGUAUGAGAAAGAUAAGAAGCCCAUCAAUGUUCUCACAGAUGAGGAUAGACUCAUGAUUCAGCUGUGUAAGGUUGAUAGGCUUAGUCAACGUCUUGGUUGUAUGAUCUUCAUGGGUAACUUCACAGAUACCAUACUUUCUUUCACACCGCAACUGAAUGCAAUUACAUCAGCAUCGUUAUCCAUCAAGAACUCGAGCAGGAUCAAGAAGUUAUUAGAGGUUAUUCUAGCUUUCGGUAACUACUUGAACAGCUCAAAGAGAGGUGCGGCCUACGGUUUCAAACUCCAAACACUAGAUACGAUCCUUGAUACAAAAUCAGCUGACCGUAAAAUCACCCUGCUUCACUACAUCGUGCAGACCAUCCAUCAGAAAUUCCCUGAUGUCGCUAGUUUCCAUGACGAUCUCCAGUACAUUGAGAAGGCAGCAGCAGUCUCACUGGAGAAUCUGAUAGCUGACAUCACGAGUCUGAGCCAUGGUAUCACGCUGUGUAAGAGAGAGUAUGCCCAGCAGAGCGAUAAUACCAUCCUCAGAGAUUUCUUGCUGAACAAUGAGGAGAAAGUCCGGAAACUGGAGAUGGAUCUCAAGAAUGCAAAGGAUGCAUUCAAUGAAGUUGUAGGUUAUUUUGGUGAGAAUCCCAAGACGUUACCCCCUAGUGCCUUCUUUGCCCUCUUCCAUCGGUUCUCAGCUGCAUUCAAGAAAGCAGAGGUCGAAAAUGAACAAAGGAAAAAACUCCAGCUGGCCCAGAAGAACACAGCAGCUAAUAUCGCAGCUGCUCAGAAAGUUAGGAAAGAUAAACAAAAUCAGGCCGCAGUAGUAGCCGAGCUCGAGACAAGGUAUAGGAACAAGGAGAAAGGCCCCAAAGAGGUCUCGGAUGGUGCUAUUGAAAAUAUCAUCUCAGAUCUGAAAAACGAGCCAUACCGACGUGCCGAUGGCAUACGGCGGAGUCUCCGGCGUAGGCAGGUGGAACGACCGACCAUCCUAGCUGACGAGAUGGUCAUCUAGACUAAUGGAUGGAGCACUUGACCAGCACAGAGCACUGACCAUUAUAUUAUCCAGCUAGCAUCAGGAAAUGUUCAUUGGAAUAUAGCAUCAAGUAGGCAAUUUGUAGAGUUUUGGGAACAACUGACCAUCCUCGCUGACAACAUGAUCACUGUACACGUAGCUUGAUGGUCAUAGGACGUGACCGGCACAAGGCACUUACCACUAAACAGUAUUUAUUUGUUAGAUAUGGGUCAUGACCAUUCUGGCGUUUUCCUGAACAGACAUAAACUUCCAGCAGACACUUGGUGUACUGCAUCUGCUUAACGGGAAGAAGAGCCACAUCUUCAACACUCAAAGGCAGUCCAAGGCUCGAUAAUACAAAGGUUUGUGAUGGAUCGCAAGUAUGGAAGAACUUCUCUGCUUGGCUCCAGCUCAGUAGUUUGAGUGAAAUUCGCCUUCAAUUUUGAUCGUGAUUGGCCGUUGCAAUUAAGCGAUUGACUAAAAAUCUUCGCGCUUCAGAGCCUUGAAUUCCACCAGA